GCGUUAUCCCUGGGCGUGCCUAGCAUCUCCUGAAAGUGCUCUUUCCAUCUCACUACUUGGUCAUCUGUUGUAGUAAUUCACCUGUCUUGGAUCUUACAAUGUUCGAACAGUUGUGCCCAUUUUUUGUUAAUCGUCUAGUAAUUUGGUAAAGCUCUUCUAUAGGUAAAUAAAAAAUACGAAAUAUAAAAUCUUUGCAAUUUCUGAAAUACCUACCUAGUACAUUGAUACUUCCGCUAAAUUAUGAUAAGUCAACUAUUGUUCGUCAUAUGAUCUAAAUUUGUUAACCACAUACCCACAGAGGUAUUACAAUUAAAAAAUAUUUGCAUUUUCUUUCAUCAAUGUUUCAUUUAAAAUGCUGUUUUCAUUACAAGUAUUAAUUCAGUUCCUUACUUUGAUCUUUAUAUUCCAUUACACAAGAAGUAAUUGUCUAAAAAGUGUCUCUUUUAAUUACUGGAAUAUCUAUAGUCCUUUGAUACGUUCUUAUAGUGUAUACAUAAGUAAUGUGAGUGUUACAGAAAUAUCAAAGGACCAGAAAUUAAUUUUAACAUGUGUAGCCCGUAAUGCCCUAUGUUACCAAGAAAAUAUAGAAAUUUUAAAUCAAGAGGAUGAUCGAGUCGUUAACAUAAAUGAAAUUGACAAACUUCUUAUUUCAUUACUAAAGAUCUAUAAGAAAGAUAGGAUCCAGAUUUACAGUAAAAACUUUCAAACGGAAUAUUAUAAAACACUUUGGAGCAAAGCUGAGUUCGUCCAGGGUUAUUAUUACGAAAAAGACAAAUUUCUUAUACACGAGUGGCCAAAAAGGAGAAACGCAUUGUCUGCAAUUUAUGGAGCAUAUGCAGAAGAAUCAACUCUUGAAGUCAAUACAUCUCUCCGAUAUGUCACCUUUAGGAAUAAAAACGAAGACUACAUCUUUCAACUUAGAGUAAACUUAACAAAACAAUUUUGGUUAACUGAUAGAGGACUUUUAUUGCUUAGCAAAACGAACGAUUCAAAAAUUAGUAACUCGCCUAUUAAUUUAUCUAUUGAGAUAUUUCCUAAAAAUGAAUUAAAGAAAUGCAACGAAUCGUCAUUUUCCAGAAAAGGAAGGAAAUAUGACGGGGCGUCAAUUCCCGAAAAUGAGUUCAAGAUAAGUGACCAAACGUCAUCUCCCAAAAAUGGCUCAGAGGAAAAUACCGAAACGUCUCAACCAUUUUUAAUAUAUAUUUACGUGAGCAUAGGAGUAUGUUUGUUAGGUGUCGUAAUUACACUAACGUAUAUACUUUGUAAAUGUAUCAGAUCAAAAUUGACGAACCUAUUUUCUACAAAUACUACAUUUAUACAUAUUCGGCGUUUUCGGAAAAGGGAGUCUUCGUAUGUCAGAUUUACAGAAGUCAAUAAAUAUGCUGUUCCUAAUAGUAACGAACAAAAGGUGUACGACAAACUAGGUAAAAGAGUGAAACUGCCGAAUCAGGAACCAAAUACUUCGGGACAUCCCAAUCCCAGAGGAGUUACUAAAAAGAAAUCCACCGAUCUUUCAUAAUUAUACUUUUAAAUAAUUGUUAAUAAAUAAAUAUCAACCAA